UAGCUGAAAAAGAAAAAAAAAACAUGGGGAACUGUAUGGGGAAGACAUUCAGAUCAAGGCAGGAGGUUGAAGAAGAAGAAAUAGAAGAGAUUCGUGAAGCUGCUGAGGAACAAAACGAAGGGGGGAAAGGCAGCAUGAAGGUGAAGAUUGUGCUUACAAAAGAGGAGCUCGAGUUGUUGUUACUGAAGCUGAAGAACAACAGUAAUCGCGGGUAUAGGUUAGGGGAACUUUUGGCUGAAAUGGAGAAAGCUAGAUCAGAUAAAGUGGAGUGUUGUUGGAGGCCUUCACUGGAGAGUAUCAUGGAAGAUGAAGAAGACGAUGUUAUCUGUUCAUGAAAGCUUCGAUCCCUCCUUUUGUAAAUUAUGAAUGUACCCUUGGUAACAUUUUUUGUUCUGGAUCUUCGGGUUAGUGAGUUAUGAACCGAGUUAGGCUUUAGCAAUUUUUAGUUUUGAAUAUAGAUAACUAUCCCUCUCCUUUUUACUGUGACC